AUGUGUAGGGUGGGGGGGAGGGGUAAUUUCUUUCAAAGCUAUAUCACCCACCCCCUGUUUUGCUUUUAUCCCGUGUGGAUCAUCAUCUCACUCUUUCUGUUUCCUAAUGCGAGGAAUUCGAAGAUUGAUUGCUUUGCUGGACGCAUCACAGUGAUGCUCACAAGAAAUGACUUACUUUUUUCUAUAUUAUUUUGCAUAUGUUCCUUCUUGUUUUACAUUGCAUCUAUGUAUGCUACUUUUUUGGCGAGUGUGUUAAGGUUUUCUAUAGACGCUAAAUUAUAUAUAUAUAUAUUCACUCAAUUAUACCUUAAUCAAAACUGUGUGAGUGCCUGUUCAUCGUCAAUGACACUCACUAACUUCGCUGGUCUGCCGGAAAAAUUUCCUGGUGAUUUUGUUGAAUACUUCUUCAACAAAUGGUUUGACGUUUUAAUCUAUUGCGAGAUACUAUACGCGAUGUUGAUAUACUACGGCCCAAAGUGGAUGGAGAAUCGGAAGCCGAUGCAACUGAGACCUGUUUUAGCUGGGUGGAACCUAUUUCUAACGACCUUCUCUACCCUAGGCGCCAUCUCGACUACGAGGACAAUGGCGUUCCUGUUCCGAGACCGUGGCUUUUAUAAAACGAUGUGUGUUUUUGACCGCCAUAUUGUCUACGAGGGGGAGAUCGCGUUCUGGUUUUUUGCGUUCCUUAUCAGUAAGUUUCCAGAAGCAAUCGAUACUGUAUUACUGAUUCUGCAGAAAAAGCCGGUUAUUUUUUUGCAUUGGUUCCACCAUCUGACAGUGAUGAUCUUCUGCUGGAACGCGGCAGAGGCAUUCGCUCCGUCUGGUUUAUUGUUCUCGACGAUGAAUUACAUCGUGCACUCGGGGAUGUAUCUGUACUACUUUUUAUGUUCAAUAGGCCUUCGUAAGUUGGUCCAUCCGGUUGCGCCCCUCAUCACGGGUGCGCAGCUUCUGCAGAUGUUCAUAGGCAUUGCUAUUGUACUAUAUAACUUUUACAAUACUUAUAUUAGUACUUCGGGGUGCAAGACUCAUCGGGGAUCGAUUCGGCUGGGGUUCGCGAUCUACGGCACAUAUUGCCUUCUUUUCAUGAAUCUAUUUAUGAAACUGUACAUUUGGAAUGGCGGAAACAAUUCCAAAAAGGGUGCCGACAAAAUGGACAUGCCAUUGAAACAAGAAAAAUCAUUGAAAUCCCUAAAUGGUAAAAAAGUGCUAUAG